AUGGUGCUGAACUUGGCUCCGCGGGGUGCGGGUGCUUUCCAGCCCCUUCACCUUGCUAAGGUCCUCUCUCGUCCUCGUGUCGCUUUCAUCCACAGCUAUGCUCGGCGCAUCUCUCCAGCUACGAAUGGUCUCAUUUCGAACCCAGCUACCAACGGUAUCUUUCCUGUCGUAGUUCGUGCUGGUAGUCUGAUCAAUUCCUACGCUACCACUGCUGGUCGCGGUCGUUCAAAGGCAGGAGCUCAGAAGAAGACGACCAAGAGCUCCAAGUCUGACGAGAAGGCCGCUCCCAAGAAAAAGGCAGCUAAGACCACAACCAAGCCCCAGUCCAAGGCCAAGCCAAAGCCGAAGCCGAAGCCGAAGAAGAAGGUCUUAACAGAGAAGCAGAAGGAGGCCAAGAAGGCUAAAGAAUUCCGUGAAAAGGUCAAGGAGCUCAAAGCUACUGCUUUGGAACCUCCAAAAAGGCUUCCAGAGCAGCCUUGGACUGUCACCUUCCAGAGUGUAUAUCCCGAAGCUGCGAAGAACAACGAAAAGGGUGUGCCAUCGUUCAGAGCCGCCGUGGAAUUGGCUAAGUCGAUCAGUCCGGAGCAGAAAGAGAGAUAUGUUGCUACUGCCCACGCUAACAGAGCCUCCAAUAUUGCCGCCUUCGACGAAUGGCUCAAGAGGCACACUCCUUUGCAAAUCAAGGAAGCGAACCACGCCCGCCGGAGGCUGGCACAGCUUGGGAAGGCUUCUCUCCCCCAACUUCACGAUAGCAGAUUAGUCAAGCGCCCCAGAACAGCAUACCUCUUGUACUUUACCGAACGAUUCGAACAUGGCGAUUUCAAGCACAUGGGUGCAAAGGAUAUGAUCAUUCGCGUGGCAGAGGAAUGGAAGGGCUUGACGGAUGCCGAAAAAUUGAAAUACCAGAAAUUGCAGGCGAGCGACCUUGACCGUUACAAGAAGGAGUACAAACAGACCUAUGGCCAGGAAGUCUGA